GUUUCCCACGUGGGCUCUUGGGUGAUGGCGGCGCUGGUUGUGUCCGAGACUGCGGAGCCAGGAAGCCGAGUCGGCCCUGGCAGAGGUCGCAUCUCUCGGGGGCGACUGGCCAAUCAGAUCCCCCCUGAGGUCCUGAACAACCCCCAGUUACAGGCUGCUGUCCAAGUUCUGCCUUCUAACUACAACUUUGAGAUCCCCAAAACCAUCUGGAGAAUCCAGCAGGCCCAGGCCAAGAAGGUGGCCUUACAAAUGCCAGAAGGCCUCCUCCUCUUUGCCUGCACUAUUGUGGAUAUCUUGGAAAGGUUCACAGAGGCUGAGGUGAUGGUGAUGGGUGAUGUCACCUAUGGGGCUUGCUGUGUGGAUGACUUCACUGCAAGGGCCUUGGGAGUUGACUUCCUGGUGCACUAUGGUCACAGCUGUCUAGUCCCCAUGGACACCUCCGUUCAAGACUUCCGAGUCUUGUAUGUCUUCGUGGAUAUCCGGAUAGACACUGCCCACCUUCUGGACUCGGUCCGCCUCACCUUUACCCCAGGCAGCUCACUCGCUCUGGUCAGCACCAUUCAGUUUGUGUCAACCUUACAGGCAGCUGCACAGGAGCUGAAAGCUGAUUAUCACAUCAGUGUCCCACAGUGCAAGCCCCUGUCCCCUGGGGAGAUCCUAGGCUGCACAUCCCCUCGGCUAUCCAAGGAAGUGGAAGCUGUUGUGUAUCUUGGAGAUGGCCGCUUUCAUCUGGAGUCUGUCAUGAUUGCCAACCCUAAUAUACCUGCUUACCGGUAUGACCCAUAUGGCAAAGUCCUAUCCAGAGAAUACUAUGACCAUCAGCGCAUGCAGGCCACUCGCCAGGAAGCCAUUGCUGCUGCACGCUCAGCCAAAUCCUGGGGCCUUAUUCUGGGAACCUUGGGCCGCCAGGGCAGUCCCAAGAUCCUGGAGCACUUGGAAUCUCAGCUCAGAAACUUGGGACUUCCUUUCGUGAGGCUGUUGCUCUCUGAGAUCUUCCCCAGCAAGCUCAGUCUACUUCCUGAGGUGGAUGUGUGGGUGCAGGUGGCAUGUCCACGCCUCUCCAUUGACUGGGGUUCAGCCUUUCCCAAGCCACUGCUGACACCGUACGAGGCAGCUGUGGCCCUGAAGGACAUUUCUUGGCAGCAACCCUACCCCAUGGACUUCUACUCUGGCAGCUCCUUAGGGCCAUGGACAGUGAACUACGGUCGGGACCGAGCACCUCGGGGUCUCUGCCAGCCUGCAUCUGACAAGGUGCAGCAAGGGUCCAGAGGCGGCUCUCCAGCCCCAGCCUGUGAGAGUUGCAACUGCGCAGACCAGAAGGCUACUUCGCCGGCUCCCUGAGAGGGCCAGAGCAGCAGGGCCCUGUUCUCCGGAGGAGCAGCCUCGAGGCUGGUGGUUUUCUGAGGAGGAAGCCGAUGUUUUCUCUGCUCUGGAAGAGUCCACAGUGUGCAGGGGUCUGCAGGAGGCCCUGGAAACGGUGGCACGGGCCCUUGACACGCUGGGGCCGUUUGAUGGACUUCUUGGCUUCAGCCAGGGGGCUGCACUAGCAGCUUAUGUGUGUGCCCUGGGCCAGGCAGGCGAUCCUCGCUUCCCCUUGCCAAGAUUUAUUAUACUUGUGUCGGGGUUCUGUCCCCGAGGCCUUAAGGAACCUAUCUUGCAGAGCCCCAUGUCACUGCCUUCACUUCAUGUUUUUGGGGAUACUGAUCGAGUCAUCCCUUCUCAGGAGAGUAUGCAAUUGGCUAGCCGAUUCCUUGGAGCCGUCACCCUCACCCACUCCGGUGGUCACUUCAUUCCAGCAGCUGCAUCUCAGCGUCAGGCCUACCUUAAGUUCUUGGACCAGUUUGCAGAAUGAAGGAUGGACAAAUGUCUCCGCACUGCUCCCACUUUGUCCAGCAGCUCUCCCCUGUCUCCUCACCAUGGCUAGUUAAGACAACUGUCAGUUCUCAGGACACACAUAAGCCCAGAGAGCCUGUGAGAAGACAGGGGUGGGCAGGCAGGGGCUGGCACCCCUGUGACUGACAGACAAUAAAGCGAUGCUUUAGAUGUUGAAUGCCUUUCUCCUGCUGCCCCGAUCCUGGGGCAGCACCAAACCAAACCCAAGGA